AUUUAUGAGUAGAAAAAUGAGCAGAGUAGCAAAAUAGUUUGGCAUAGUGGUGACUAGCUGGCUACAGUUCAAAUGAGUCUUUUGUGGGGGUCGGAGUGAAUUACUUUCUCAGUCCAAACAAUCACAUCAUGAGACUUGCAUUUGUGCAGAAUUCAUUACACGCAAAAUCAUUAAUUGGUCCAUUUUUACAAUUGUAAGAAAAUCCUUUUCAACCUCACAAAUCAAGAGUGUCAACCAUCUGCCUAAGAGACAGCAUUUAAAUUGUUGCAGUAAGAGAGGGCAUGCAGGGAUGCUGGAUUCGUGGAGUGAUCUACUGUAUUCUCUGGUACCUCAGCAUUUUCUGUGGGUUCCUUGUCCUCUGCUGUCCGUUACUCCCUCUUCUGUUCUUCAAUCAUCGCUUGUAUCGUCGCUUCAUUGACGUCAUCUUUGCGAUAUGGGAGAUGUAUCCUGUUGUUCUGAUGGAACUGUUGUUCGGAACGAAGAUCAUCGUGACAGGGGAUCGAGUACGGACAACCGAAUGCAGCCUCCUGGUGAUGAACCAUCGGACGCGCUUGGACUGGAACUUUUUGUGGGCUGCGAUGUUUUACGCUGCAGAGCCUCAGAGCCAUAGAAUGAAAUUUGUUCUUAAAGCGCCCUUAAGACACGCACCAGGACCAGGGUGGGUAAUGCAGAUGGCAGGGUUCCUGUACAUUCACCGGCAGUGGGAGAGAGACCAGAAACUGCUGAACAAUGUGCUGGACUACUUAAGUGACAUUAAAUAUACAUAUCAAGUUUUAAUAUUUCCAGAGGGGACAGAUUUUAACGAUAGAAGUUUGAAAAAAAGCAAUGAGUUCGCGGACUCUCACCAUCUUGAACGGUACACCAAGGUUCUGCACCCCAAGACAACAGGCUUUGUCUUUCUUGCAAAUAAAAUGAAGGAAAAUAAGCAGUUGGAUGCGGUCUAUGACUUCAGUGUGGGAUAUCCGGGAUCACUGCCACAGUCCGAGAUGGAUGUUCUGCGAGGUAUAUUCCCUGAAGAAGUGCAUUUCCAUAUAAAAAGAUAUCCGACGAGUGAGAUGCCCACGAGCGAUGCUGGCUUGAAGGAGUGGGUCAAUGAUCUCUGGCAGCAGAAGGAGCAGACUCUGGCAGACUUCUACUGUCACCGCCGCUUCACGACUCACCCGACCAAUGGUCAUGCUCAGUCAGCCAUAAACAACUCUCUCCUUCUGGCCCUACUGUUCUGGACCGGACUGAUCGCGGUUACUCUCUACGGACUCUGCACCUCCCUCUACAUGCAAGUCUGGGCCCUCAUCCACUGCUCUGUCUUCUUGCUGCUCUCCUUCACCUCCGAAGGCAUCCACCAGCUCGAAGCUUCUUGGUACAAGAAUCAACAAGUUCACGACAAGCAUUGAUCCGUGUUCAUCUACCGUAAUAGAAUAGAUCAAUUCAGAGGUUUAUCGUAACAUACUAAUAUAUAUCUUUUGUACAGUAAAAUAUUUUUCCUAAUAGAUUUUAUAUUCUUCUAAAUGUGUUCACACUUGGAUUGAUUACAUAUUCACUAUUAUUUUUAUAAUACAUAUUCGUACAGAACCCAAAGUCUAUAUUUUAUGUUGUAAUACUUGCAACUGUCAUUCCCAGAAGACCAUGUAUUUUAAAUAGACUGUACAUACGAAUUUAAAGACAUGAAUUACUGGUUCAAUUGGGUAAAGAAACUGAUGUGAUUAUUAGAAGUUAAGUUAGUUUAGUUUAGUUGUACAGUGUAUAGAGAAUAAGAAAAUAAAUUAUAUAAAGACAGUUGAAACAUUU